AUGUUCAGCGAAAACCCUGAUGCUGAUUUUGUCAAGUCUAAUAACUUUUCCUAUGCCAUCGUUGCCGUUGGGGAGCCCCCUUAUGCUGAGACCAACGGGGAUAGCUUGAAUUUGACCAUUGCGGAACCAGGUCCAAGCACCAUCACCAAUGUUUGCGGUGGAGUCAAAUGCGUGGUUGUCGUUGUCUCUGGCCGUCCUGUUGUGAUUGAGCCCUACGUUUCCUCGAUUGAUGCGCUUGUGGCUGCAUGGCUUCCGGGAACUGAAGGCCAAGGAGUGAGUGAUGUUCUUUUUGGAGAUUAUGGAUUCACAGGAAAGCUUCCUAGGACAUGGUUCAAGACAGUAGAUCAACUCCCUAUGAAUGUUGGUGAUGCACAUUACGAUCCCCUCUUUCCCUUCGGUUUUGGACUUACAACCGAUCCAGUUGAUCAGUCAUCUUAG